UGACUUCACCUGCUCCUGCUGCUGCUCUGCUGUAGGCCCCAAGGCUCGACGGUCUCCUCUCCCCGCCUCCAGCCACCGCCCCUGCUGGUGAGCUGCUGGGGCCCUCAUGGACAAGUCUUUCAAGGGCAGGACAAUGAGCGCCGGGUCUCAUGCCUGCGGAGCAGCACCAUGAACCUGCGUUACCAGCCCGCCCCGGCAGCAAGGCCAGAGGUAGAGAGGAAAACAGGGUGGCCACCAUCCCCACCCCACUGCGUCUGGUACCUGAACUCGGCCUGGGUGAAGAACACCUCGCGCUGGUCAGGCCAGGUCAAGCUGCAAACAGGCCUCCCAACGGGCAGUGAUCCUCCACCCGUGGGCUUCAGCCUUCUCACAGUGCAAUGCUCAUCUGCUUCAUGUGUUGCACCUGAGUGCUUCCAUCACAACGUGAGCGUCGAGAUGUCUGCACAGGACAUGCGGCUCUUUGUGCUUUGGCCCCGGACACACCUGAUCCUCGUGUGGCAGCCAGUAGAGCUGGGCUGGUGUGCACGUCUCAAGAGUGUCAGCUGGCAGUACCGCUUCAGCAGCCAGGGAGGCAGCCCAUCUGCCCUUCUCCUUCCCAGCAGUGAGCACCAAGAGACGCCACCACUUGAUAUCUACCCAACAGCCGAGUUGCAGCAGACCUGUGCCACCUACUACAGCUACCGCUUGACUGUGCGCUACAGGCAUCCUGGGCUCCAUGUUGCUUCAGUCAGCAUUCAGCAGAUGCCUCAGAUAAACAUCAGCCUCUCUCUCAAGGUAGAGCCUGACUUGUUGCAUGUCCUCAGCAUCAGAUCCAAACUCCUUAGUGUUUCUCAACAGCCACUCAGCCUCUCCUGGAGGCUUCAGCCCCUUACCCCACGAGCAGUGGCCUACAGACUGGUGGACACACAGGGUAUAGGAAGUUGGGUCCGUUCCUACAGUGCCUUUACCCUACAGAGCAACUUCUGUGCUGUCCCCACACCUCAGAACCUGGGUGAGGUGGUGGCCAGCAUUUACUUUCCUGUUGAUGGAAGGAGGUUUGAGGAAUUGAGAGGAGAAAUACAUCUGCUCAAUGGUACUCUCACUCUAACUGCAGGCAGAGAAACUCCCACCCAUGUCAAUCUUCAGCCAGGGAAAGCCAACAGUAGCAUGUAUGUUUUCAGGUACAACCAUGGAACAUUUUACGCUACCAAAGAUAACAACAGCCCUAUUUCCACAGACGGCCCUAACACACACACUGUGUUCUACCAACACAGGUGCUUCUCCUAUUUAUUCUCCAUAGAGUUUGUGGCCUUCCAUUCGUACAAGUUCAACAUGUACCUUUAUGUGAAUCAGAAGAGGACUUUGUUUAGGUCCCUUGCAGAAAGAGACCUUGAAGUCCACGUUUUCAGCAGCAGCAGUCCUUUUCUGCAGAGCUUUACUUAUUUAGUGUGGUUUAUCCCUGCACAACAUCCAAUGCUACAAUGUGAGUGGACCUUCCAUCUACAGAUUUUUGGAACUCAAAAAGACAACCUUCUCCAGAAUAGCACAUACACCUACAAUGAUCAUGUAAGAAACGCCACACGUUUUGUCCGUCGCUCUGCUUUACCCUUUGAUGCAGAGAAAUAUACAGGGUUUGUGGCAAAAGUGAACUGUACCAGAAGUGCACCUACACCAGCUCUUUUAAGAGCCAGAGUCAACAACUAUGCUGCAAAAACCAUAGAAGUACCAGUGUCUUGCCAGGAAAAAACCUGUCAAAUAUACAGCGUGUAUAUAGAGAGACCUACUAUUCAUAGCUCUAUCUUGCGCCAGAAGAGGGCGGCAAAUUUUAUUCUCGCUGCCAAAGUGAUGGCAGAUUGCAGAGUUGUCAGAAUUAUUAAACCCUUCUGGCGUGUCUAUCCUCUUCAGGACUUAACAACUAUUCCAGACUGGACAAACCCAAUGAAUAUUUCUUCAUUUGACGGUAUAGAAAAGAUAGUAUUAACAGUUCCCAGAUUUGCUUUAGAUUAUGGGCUGUAUUUGUUUAAUUUCACUCUUGAGAUAAUCGUGGCUGCUACCAAAGAAGUUGUCAGGAACUCAGAUAAGAUUUACGUUCUGAUUGAGAGGAGCAGCCUGGUGGCAAAUAUUGCAGGAGGCAGAUUCCGCACAGUGGGUUUUUAUGACAACUGGGUUCUCAAUGGCUCUGCAUCCUAUGAUCCUGAUUCAUACACAUGGGAAGGACUAGGGGGAAUCACAUUUACUUGGUACUGUACUAAAGAGGCAUCAGACUACAAAAACAUGAAAAUCAGCCCUGGAAAAAAAUGCCAUCCAGCCCAGAGUGAUCUGAAAUGGUUAAGAUCCUCAGAUCCAGUUCAAGCAAUGCCACCAGAAUCCCUCCCAGGAAAUGCCAUGUACUACUUCCGUCUAGUGAUUCAAAAGGAUACAAGGAUGAGUUACGCCGACCAAACUGUAAAUGUGCAGCCUGGCUCCCAGCUCCUUCUGGAUGUGACAUGCCUCGAAAACUGCGGGAGCAGUGUCAUUCCAACAGAGAGAUUUACCUUAUCUGGAAAAUGCCUGAACUGUAGAACACACAACCAGCCAGUCUACUACUGGUCCCUUUUUUCAGAAAACUCUACGGAAAUUAGCUUUGACUGGUCUUCCAGAACCUCAACAGGGAGAUAUGGGACUUACCUGUCUAUACAUGCUCUGACUUUUACAAAGACUGCACAUCAAUCCUACAUACUUCUGUUAAAAGUAACUACCUGGGAUGGUAGGUCAUCCAUCUACAGGUAUGCAUUUAAGAUAAAUAUUCCCCCUAGGUCUGGCAAGUGUAUUAUCAACCCUCGCUGGGGUACUGCUUUUCUGACAAAAUUUGUUGUUCAAUGCAGUGGAUUUUCUGACAGCAAUUUACCUCUGACAUAUAAAGUAAUAGUAGCUUCUGACAAAACUACCAAAAUAACUUCUGUGGAGGAAAAUACAUUCGGCAUAAUUAUGUACUUUGGUUAUCAGCCUAAAACUCCUCCAUCAUUUCUCCCUAUUGGAGUGCCGUCUGAGAAGUACGCCUUGACACUUUACAUUCAAGUCUACGAUUCCCUUGGGGCAUUUACCCAGGUGAAUUUAUAUGCCCGUGUGCAGAAUCCAAUUGACAGUCGACCAGUAGCUGUUGUGUUUCAUGAACUGCUGGCCUCAGUAAGUGGUUUUAGCGCACCAAUGACAUCUUAUCUCCAGACCGGAGAUUAUUUUAGCGCAGGUUAUUUGGCUUAUCUGACAGCCUCAGUCUUAAACUAUAUUAAAGCCACACCAACCAUCCAGCUCCCUAACGCUCAGUUUCGGGAAAGCCUGAUUAAAAUAGCCCUGAAUAUUUCAGUUGAAAGCAUAAUAGAAAUCAACCAAGUAGUUGCUUCUCUUUCUCAAGUCACAGACAACCCUGGUGAAUUGAACUUUAGGUCACAAGACCUUGCCAUUAGGAAACUGACAGAAAUUACAGGAUUGCUGAAGAUACAGAGGAACAAGAAGCAUUGGUCUGAGGAAGCAGAAAUUCAGAGUAGUGGAAUACUAACAUGCUUGUCCAACAUCCUGAGAGCUGCUCUUCUGCAACGUAGGAAUGUCAAUGUAGGUGCAGUUAAACAAGUCUUCUCCGUCAUGGAAAAUUUAACAGACAUAGUUCUCCAGGGCAAAGUCCCUGGAGAAACGGAUACUCUAAUAGAAACAAAACACUGGAACAUCACUCUGAAGAAAGAUAAAACCUUGAACAGUGUAAAUGCUUCUUCUACAACAAACACCUGCAGGAACUGCUUUUAUCCAUCACUGAAAAAGGGAAAUUAUUCUGAAUUGCCCCAUGAUGCUGUGAUUUCCACUGCCCUUUUUGAGUUUGAUGAGAACCCCUUCCCCUGGUUAGGUUACACAACAGAAAUCACAACAGUCUUCGGGUUCAAAAUGGCAGAGACCAAGGCUAAUGGGGAUCAGAGAGGGAUAGUGCCUGAAGGAGCAGAAAUUACAAUUGCUAGAAAGGAUAAGGAAUCUUCAACUUUUCAGUUAACAAUGGGACCUGAUAAAACAGAAGCUUACACAACUGGAGGAUUUACUUUAGAAGUCAACAGAAACACCAACAGCAUAUAUAUCCAGAUCCUCACAAAAUUAGAAGUUACUUUCAAGGUGCUAGUAUUUACAGGCCCCAACAUCACUGAUGCUCAUCCCAUAGCUUCGUUUGCUGCUUCUCACAACAUGCCAACAGUUGCAAGCAAAACCGAGACCGCCACCACUGAUUGUAACAUCAAGGCUCCCUAUAUAAUCUGUCUCCCAGAGUCACUGCUGAGAGCCACAGCUCAAGGAAGUGGAACUGACACUCAGAACAUCUCCGUUGUCUUGAUGACACCCUAUUUCGUAAGGUAUCAAAGCCAGAGACUGGUGAGCAUAUACAUUUUUAGUGAUCAGUGCUUGUUUCUGGAGGGGGUUCUAAACCUGUGGAGAGAAGACUCGUGCAGGCUUGGCUCCAUGACUGACUGGCAGAAGAUUCACUGUGUCUGCAAUAUGAAGCGGAGUCGCAGAAGCCUGUCAGUCCACGCUGCAUCAACCGCAUCCACAUUUGACAUCAGGUUCCUGGCAGCCAAAGUAAUAGUUACCCCCAACACAGUAGAUCUGGGGAAAAUCCUGAUAGCAGACAUCCAUAAAAACCCAGUGACUCUCUUAACAGUGCUCUUUAUUUUUGCCGUCUACUUUCUCUUGUCCCUCUGGGCCAUGAGAAAGGACAAAGCUGACAGGGUUGGCAAGAACAAGAUUGUAGUUCUGCCGGACAAUGACCCCUUUGACAAAGUGAGCUUUUUGGUCACUUUAUACACAGGCAGUCGCUGGGGAGCUGGAACCACAGCUGACGUCUUUCUUCAGCUCAGCGGCCAGAACGGCAUGAGCGAUGUCCAUUGUUUAUGGCAUCCACGCUUUCCAUCGUUCCAAAAAGGAAGCACGGACUGCUUUCUGUUAACUACUAAGGAAGACUUGGGAGACAUUUGUUCCCUCAAGGUCUGGCACAAUAACAAGGGCGCAUCUCCAAGCUGGUUCUUAAGCAGAGCCAAAGUUGAGAACACGUCCACUAGGAAGACCUGGUUCUUCAUGUGCAGGAAAUGGCUUGCACUAGACAAGGGCGAUUGCUUAAUAGAAAGGACAUUUCCUGUGACAAACCCCAAGACACCGCUGGCCAGAAUCGACUAUUUUCUG